AUGAUUCGUUUUAAAAAUUCAAGGGAAUCUUAUAUCGAGGAAAAUAUUGAUUUUGAAACAUUAUUGAAAUAUGCCAUACAAUCGUUUGAGAAAAACAAAAUAUCGGUAGCGAAUUCCCUAGAAAAUUCACCAUCUUCACACGAUUUUGGACCUUUGACAAAGUCGAAUUCCAUCAAACACUAUGAAGCAAUGUCUUCAGCAAAUAAUUCAGGUGAACCGAGCAUCAUUUGGUUGUUUAGUUCUGUUGCUGGAGCAGGAAAAUCGACCGUUCUCAAAGAACUGGCGCACCAACUCAGCAAAUAUGAUGGAGGGUUUAAAAUACUGCGAAUUCCUCUGAAAGAUAAAUACCAGAUCAUACGUGAUAUGCCAUUCAAAGUGGAUGCAAACAGAUUCCUCGCAGACGCAACUUGCAAUUCCCAGGACGAUAUUACCGACUGGAUAGAGAAGAGAGAACUCAUUGUUUUCCUCGACGGAUUUGACGAAGUGUGUCCAGAUUUCAGAGAAAAAAUGAUUCAAAUUAUGUUUGCUUUAAACAAUGCUCGAGUCCCACACUUUAUUGGGACCAGGCCUCACGAAGUGCACCACAUUCAAGAGAGGAUAAAAAUCUCUACGAAAGUAGAUAUUGAACCUCUGAAUAAAGCAAAGCAAAUCGAGUUUCUGGAAACCGUUUGCCGAAAGGAUCGGCAAGAAAUCAAACAAUUGAGGGAAAAAUACAAAAACAAAGGAAUUAUGGGAAACCCACUCUAUCUCACCUUGUUGGCCGAUUCCAAAGGCAAAGGAAACUUGUAUGAUAUCUUUGACACAAUUGUGCGGAAAAGAGUAAAAUUAAGUUUGGUGAGAGAAAAUGGAGGCAAAGAUGUUGGAGAGGAGACGAUUGACAAAUCAUUGAAGCUCAUUCAAUUGGUGGCCUCUCGAUAUGUGAGAGGAAUGAAAAUCGACCAAGGCAGUGUAAAAAAGUUAGAUUUGAAAAAGAUCAACGCUUUUGGAGUUGUGAUAUAUUUCAAUGAAAAGGUACAUUUCACCCACCAAAUGUUUGCAGAAUUUCUUACCGCACAAAAAUUUAUAAAAGAUUUGAAAAAUCCUGCAGAUGAAGAAGUGCCCUUAUUCCUUGAUGAAUUGAUGCAGUGCAGGAAGUUCGUUAACCUUUUCUUUUCUACGAAGAAUGAUAAGGACGCGUCCAACGCAGGGGCUUUUGUUGAUUGGGCUAAAUCAACUGAACCUUUGAACUUAGUCAGCCAAAUUUGUCGAGAGGAUUUGAGAGAAAUGUUCAAGUUGCUCAAACCAGAUCUCUCGUUAAAAGACGAAGGAGGUAAAAACGCUUUGCAUUUCGCAUUGCGGCAUCUUGACAUGGUCAAAAUGGUGCAUGAAAAGAACAGCAAGUUGGCGACUGAAACAACAAACGAUGGAGAAAACUGUCUCCACCUGGCGAUUGCUGACGACAAAUGCAGCGAGGAAGUGGCUCUUUGGAUCAUGGAAAACACUGAAGCGGACAAAAACGCUGAGUCCAAAAUUAAUGACACGCCGCUUCUUCUGGCAGGUGCAAGCCAAAAAUGGGAAGUGGUGCAAAAGCUUGUUUUCGCUAAUGUUUCACUAAACAAAUAUAGUCCUGAUGGAAAAUCGAUUUUGCACCAUGCCGCCCGUUCCAACAAAUCAGACUUGGUUCAAGAACUUCUUAAUAGAGGCUCAAACGUCAGCUUAAAAGACCAUGAUGGAUUUACAGCCCUUCACAUAGCUACUGGGCAUAAUAAAAUCCCAGAAAUAGUGGAACUUUUACUUGAAAAAGGUGCCGAAGUAAACGACCAAAACAAUGAAAAUUGGACCGCACUACACUUUGCUGCUAGAUAUAAUCCAGAUGCAAAAAUCACCCAAAAGCUACUCAACAAAGGCGCCGAAGUUGAUACAAAAAAUCAGGCUGGAACUACAGCCCUUUACCUAGCUGCUGGGUGGAAUACAAACCCUGAAGUAGUGAAAAUGUUGCUUAAAAGAGGUGCCAAAGUAGACGCACAAAUUAAAGAAAAAUGGACCGCACUACACUUUGCUGCUAGAUAUAACCCAGAUGCAGAAAUCCUCCAAAAGCUACUCGAAAAUGGCGCCCAAGUUGAUUCAAAAAAUCAAGGAGGAAGCACAGCCCUUCACCUAGCUGCUGGGUUUAAUAAAAACGCAGAUAUAGUUGAAAUUUUACUUGAAAAGGGUGCCAAUGUUGACGUACAAAACGAUGAUAAAGUGACCGCACUACAUUUGGCCGCAGAAAAUAACCCAACUGCAGAGGUGAUCGAAAAACUGCUUGAAAACGGUGCCGAAGUUGAUUCAAAAAAUCAAAGAGGAAGUACAGCCCUUCACCUCGCUGCUUGCUUUAAUACAAACGCCGAAACAGUAAAAAUUUUAAUUGAUAAAGGUGCCAAAGUAAACGCGCAAAACAAUGAGAAAGUGACCGCACUACAAUUGGCCACCGAAAAAAACCAAAAUGCAGAGGUGAUCAAAUAUUUGCUUGAAAACGGUGCCGACGUUAGUUCACAAAUUAAAGAUGGAUUUACGCCCCUUCAUCAGGCUGCUUUUUGGAAUGAAAACCCUGAAAUUGUGAAAAUAUUGCUUGAAACGGGUGCAAAAAUAGACACACAAAACAUCGAAAAUGUGACCGCACUUCAUUUGGCCGCUCAAAAAAACCCAAAUACAGAAGUGCUCGAAGAACUGCUCGAAAACGGCGCCGACGUUCUUUCACAAAGUCACGAUGGAUAUACAGCCCUUCAUCGAGCUGCUGGGAUGAAUGAAAACCCAGAAGUAGUGGAAAUUCUGAUUGAAAUGGGUGCCAACGUAAACGCACAAGACAAUGAUGAUCAAUGGACCGCACUUCAUUCCGCCGCUAAAGACAACCCAGCUACUGAUAUCAUCAAAAAACUGCUCGAAAACGGCGCUGACAUUCAUUUAUUAAGUAAACAUGGAUACACAGCCCUUCACCAAGCUGCAGGAUUUAAUAAAAACCCGGAAAUUGUACAAAUUUUGAUUGAAAAUGGUGCCAAAGUAAACGCGCAAAACAAUGAUCAAUGGUCAGCACUGCAUUUUGCCGCUGAAAAAAACCCAAAUACGGAAAUGAUUCAAAAACUGCUUGACAUGGGCGCAGACGUUCAUUCAAAAGAUAAAGAUGGAUAUACAGCCCUUCAUCGAGCCGCUGCGUGUAGUAAAAACCCGGACAUAGUGAAAAUUCUGCUUCAAAAUGGUGCUAAAAUGGAUGCACAAAGCAAUGAUAAAAUGACCGCACUCCAUUUGGCCGCUGAAAAAAACCAAAAUCCUGAGGUAAUCAAAAUACUGCUCGAAAACGGCGCAGAAGUUGAUUCACAAAAUGAAGAAGGAACUACAGCCCUUCACCUAGCUGCUGGGAUGAAUGAAAACCCAGAAAUAGUGAAAAUAUUGCUUGAAAAGGGUGCAAAAGUUAACGCGCAAAACAAUUGUAAAGUGACCGCACUACAUUUGGCCGCUGAAAAAAACCCAAAGGCCGAGGUGAUCCAAAUACUACUUGAAAACGGCGCCAACGUUCAUUCACAAAGUAUAGAUGGAUUUACAGCCCUCCAUCGAGCUGCUGGGUUGAAUAAAAAUCCAGAAAUAAUGAACAUUUUACUUGAAAAGGGUGCAAUGGUAAAUGCAGAAAACAAUGAUAAAGUGACCGCAUUGCAUUUGGCCGUUAGAUAUAACCCAACUGCACAAGUCGUCCUUAAACUUCUCGAAAACGGCGCAGACGUUAAUUCACAGAGUGAUGAUGGAUAUACAGCCCUUCAUCGAGCAGCUACUUGGAACGAAAACCCAGAAAUAGUGAAAAUUUUACUUGACAAAGGUGCAAAUGUUAGUGCACUUCUCAAAGAUAAUUGGACUCCACUCCAUUUGGCCGCUGAAAAUAACCCAAACGCAGCGGUGAUCCAGAAACUGCUGGAAAACGGCACCGAUGUUCAUUCAAAAAGUCAAGAUGGAUGUACAGCCCUUCAUCGAGCUGCUUAUUUGAAUGAAAAUCCUAAAAUAGUCAAGAUUUUGCUUGAAAAUGGUGCAAAUGUAAACGCACAAAACAAUGAUAAAGUUACCGCACUGCAAUUGGCCGCUGAAAAUAACCCAAAUGCUGAGGUGAUCGAAAAACUUCUUGAAAACGGUGCCGAUGUCCAUUCAGAGAGUAACGAUGGAAAUACAGCCCUUCAUCGAGCUGCUGGGUUGAAUAAAAAUCCAGAAAUAGUCAAUGUUUUGCUAGAAAAAGAUGCAAAAGUGAACGCACAAAACAAUGAUGGUAGGACCGCCCUGCAUUUCGCCGUAGCGAAUAAUCCAGUUAUAGAAGUGGUCCAAAAGCUGCUGGAGAAAGGCGCUGACGUCAAUUUACAAGACGAAGAAGGGUCGACAGCCCUUCACCAAGCUGCUGGGUAUAACAAUAACCCUGAAAUAGUGAAAAUGUUGCUCGAACAAGGUGCCAAAGUAAAUGUACAAAACAGUGAUAAAUGGACUCCACUUCAUUUCGCCGCUAGAUAUAACCAAGCUUCAGAAAUCGUCCAAAAGCUGCUCGAAAACGGUGCUGACGUUAAUUCACAAGAGCAAGAUGGAUCAUCAGCCCUUCACUUUGCUGCUCAGCUAAACACAAACCCCGAAAUAGUAAAAAUUCUGCUUGAAAAAGGUGCCAACGUAAACCUACAACAAAAUGCUAACUGGACCGCACUGCUUCUGGCUGCUAGAUUUAACCCAGUUUCAGAAAUCGUACAAAAACUGCUCGAAAAUGGCGCUGAUGUACGUUCAAAAAGUAAAGAUGGAUAUACAGCUCUUCAACUAGCUGCUGGUUGGAAUGAAAACCCAGAAAUAGUAAAACUUUUAAUUCAAAAAGGUGCCAAAGUAAACGAAAAAGACAGUGAUAAAUGGACCGCCCUGCAUUUCGCCGCUAGAUAUAACCAAUCUUCAGAAAUGGUCCAAAAGCUGCUCGAAAACGGCGCCGAUGUUCAUUUACAAGAAAAAAAUGGAUUUACACCCCUUCACCUUGCUGCUCGGGUUACCACAAACCCUGAAAUAGUGAAAAUUAUUCUUGAAAAAGGUGCCAACGUAAACGCACAAAACAAUGGUAGAAUUACAGCACUGCAUUUGGCCGCUAGAUUUAACCCAACUGCAGAGGUAAUCCAAAUACUGCUCGAAAAUGGCGCCGAAGUUGAUACGCAAAAUGAAGGAGGAAGUACAGCCCUUCACCUAGCUGCUGGAUUCAAUAAAAACGCAGAAGUUGUGAAAUUGUUGCUUGAAAAUGGUGCCAUAGUAAAUGCACAUCAAAAUAAUAAAUGGACCGCGCUGCAUUUGGCCGCCGAAAAAAACCAAAAUACAGAGGUGAUCCAAAAUCUGCUCGAAAACGGCGCUGACGUUAACUCACAAAGUAAAGAUGGAUACGCAGCCCUUCACUUAGCUGCUGGGUUUAAUGCAAACCCAGAAAUAGUUGAAAUAUUGCUUGAAAAAGGUGCCGAAAUAGACACGAAAAACAUUGAUGAUUGUACCGCUCUGCAUUUAGCAGCUGAAAAAAAUUCAAAUGCAGGGGUGAUCAAAAAACUGCUCGAAAAUGGCGCUGACGUUCAUUCAAAAGAUAAAGAUGGAAAUACAGCCCUUCAUCGAGCUGCUGCAUUGAAUAAGAAUGCAGAAAUAGUCCAAAUUUUGCUUGUAAAAGGUUCCAACGUAAACGCACAAAACAAAAACAAAUGUACUGCACUGCAUUUCGCCGCUAGAUUUAAUUCUUCUCCAGAAAUGGUCCUAAAGCUGCUUAACAAAGGCGCCGAGAUAAAUGUUGAAAAUUCUGAUGGAGAGACUGCUUUAUUUCUCGCGGCUAAGAAUAAUCCAGAGAGAGAAAUUGUUCAAAUACUGCUCGUGUAUGGUGCCGAAGUAAAUGAAAAGAUUAGGAAUGACGAAGAAUGUUCCGAUGUGUUACAGCAAAUGAAAAUCAAUUGAGAAAUUUUUAAAAGACUAAAGGCUAAAUUACCCUGACCUAAUGGUUAAUAAUGAUCGGAAAAGCUUAUGGUAUAUAUUCAAUUUUUUGAUAGUGAAAAGAGAGUGAAUAUUGGUUAAAAAGCUAUUAUUUUGGGUAAGAUUCAUAUUGGCCCCAAACCUACUUUACUAUGUAAUAAACAUGCUAUUUGUUCAAUUGUAAAAAUUGAUUUAUCCACUUUUGUACCUUUGGAAUAGUAUCAAGAAAUGAAUAAUCAAUCCAACCCGUUUACUUACUGGUAGAUUUAUAACUUACUUUGGAUUAUUGGAUAAGUUGCUAUUAUCUUAUUUUUAGUUUUAAUGUAUCAAAUAAAUUGUAUGUUUGUAAAUAUUUUGGACUAUAGUAUAUGGAAUAUGAAUGUAUUGUUACUGGUAUGUUU